AUGUUCUGGGGUCUAGGCGGUGGUAAAUCCAAUGCAACUCCUGCCAGAAACCGCGCGGAUGCUUCACGCUGGUCUAAUCAGUACGCGGAAAUCGUAUCGAAUUCAGGUAUACCACCUGUACCUUCUCACGUGCUCUCAGAGCAACGACGCAGUGAGCUGUUAUUAGCAGCCCGCUCGAAUCGCGUGUCUUGGGUCGAUGGCGUCGACGAACACUAUUCCAAGACGCUUGCAGUCGAUUUUAAUGAUAAGCUUCCACAUACUCAUGUUUCCUCUGCACCUUCUAGUCAUUGUCGGGAAACUUUGGAGGAAAUAAACCUCGAGUUGUCCCAAUUUUUUGAAUCUUUGACAGAGCUCAAGCACAAAAUUCUGACUACCGACUUGCAAUUGAAAGGAGAACAGUCAGAAGCUUGCAGUGACGGAGGAAGAUUUUUACACAAGUAA